AUGGCAGCUUCUUUUAUUUGUCGACGCUAUGUUCUUGAUGACAAUGGUAAGAAGGAUUGAAAUUAGUUGGUUUGAUUAGUUUAUAAGUACCUGUACUUAACAAACUAUACUUUUUAAAUUGAUCAAUCAACAAAACUAAUUUUUUAUAAAGUUCAUUAUGUCAAAGCUAACAUUUUAAUCUAAAAAUGAUUUUUUAGACUUGUCAGACGCCUUCGAUCUUUUGGAUAUGGACAAAGAUGGCAACUUGAGCCGUGCUGAAGUCGCUUGUCUUCUUCGUACUAUCAAUGUUGAUCCAAACAGAACUGAAUUGAACUUUAUCUUUCACGAAAUGGACAGAAAUGGUAUGUUUCUUCUUUUGGUACUUACAGUACAGUAAAAUUUUUCUAACAAGCUUUUCAAAUAACAAAAAAUUUUAAAUAUUUGCUCAAUAGUACACAGUGCACUUACAACUCCAGUGUAACGAAAUUCUUUUAUAACGAACAAGUGUAAAGGCAGUAAUCGAUUCGAUAUACAAAAGUUCCGCUAUUUCCAAAGAUGUCAAGGCUGAUAAGCUUAAAAACAGGCUGUUUUGUGACAUUUUGAAAACAUGUGUUACCAAGAAAACAUAGAAAAUGUAUGAAAACGUUGUGAAAUGCAUAUUUUUGUAGAGACCGGAAAGAUAAACAAGCACGACUUCUUGGAAUACAUGAAAUGCCCUCCCAUUCAUCAAUUGACCGUCGCUGAGUUAGAAAAGCAAUUCAAGGAACACGAUCGGGACAAUGAUGGGGCUAUCACCAAAGGUAAUUUGUACUGAUUUGUUACUGAAAAUAAUGUAGCUUUAUUUAAAAUUAGUUACAUAAAGAUAAAAAAGUCUUGUUGUCAAUUUAUAUUUAUUUGUACGACCAAAAACGACAAAACUUUUUUAAAUUACCUUUUGAAUAUGGAUUAUCUACGUAUUUUAACAAGGCAUUAAUAUUUUUAAAAAAUGAUGGAAAAUUUCCGUAUUUUACCGAACAUCAUAAUGUGUACCUCUAUAUUCAGGUGAACUAGCCGACAUUCUAACAAAAACGGCCGACAUUUCCAGCGGUGACAUUAUAGACUACAUGUUUGAAGAGACGGACAAAGAAAACACUGGGAAGAUCACCUACAAUCAAUUUAUUCAGCUUAUGAGGUCUUAA